UAUCAGGUCAAAAUUCAGUACCUUCAAGGAACCAGGAACAAGCCAUUCGAUCUUGUAUGAACCAAGUGGGGAAUUAUUUCUUCUGUUCCGCCACAGAUGCUAAAGCCAGUGACAGGAGCAAAGAUCUGCAGGCUAACCAAUUUGACGAUGAUACCAUUGGACUGUGGAAGCACUUAGGCGGGACGUAGACUAUGGAUGGAAGCUAUGAAUUUACAAAGGGCCGAGAGGGAUAGUACAUUAUGAUAACUUAAGGCUUCGUGAAUUUGCAUCUGUUGCUAAAUCAUUUGAGGAUUGGAACUUGUUGCCAAAUAAUUUUGCGACAGCUUCUGUUAGCAACUUGGCAUCUUACAUGGCCACAGGUUGACGCGGACUCAUGCCGCUUAGUCUGUUUGGAGGCAUGACCACCCGUGAACGGACUGUCAAGCACUCAAGCUACACGUGCAGGGCUGAGAAUCACGGGAGGAUAUCUGUGACAUUUGUUGAUAAGGACGGCGAUGAAACGUUAGUUAAAGUUCCUAUUGGAAUGUCAAUGCUAGAAGCUGCUCAUGAGAAUGACAUAGAACUUGAAGGAGCAUGUGAGGGCUCUCUUGCAUGUUCUACUUGCCAUGUGAUUGUAACGGACGUAGAUUACUAUAACAAAUUGGAAGAUCCUGAAGAUGAAGAAAAUGAUAUGCUGGACCUUGCAUUUGGGCUUACAGAAACAUCGCGCCUUGGUUGCCAAGUAAUUGCAAGCCCUGAACUUGAUGGCAUACGAUUAGCACUUCCAGCAGCUACCAGAAAUUUUGCUGUGGACGGGCAUGUUGCUAAACCACAUUGACUAGGCAAUGGGUAUGUUGGAUACCUGCUCAGUUUUGCAGAAUACAAGAUAUAUGUAGUUAUUUUCUAAUUUCACCUCCUGCAUUUAUUUUCCUUAUGUAGCUUUUGGCAAGAUGGUCAUGCCAACUUGCUUUGUCAAACAAUACUCAUAAAAUUCAUUAGAAAAUGCAUUGUUCAUUGAAUACGAGCAACAUUUUACAGUUAA